CAUGGCUAUGUCUAGCAGUGACAGUGAAGAAGAAAUCAUAGUAGAUGAGAGUGAUAAUAUAAUACCAUACAACUUUGAACCUGUUGUAUCAGAUGAUGAUGAUGAUGAAUCAGUUAGUUCAGAUUCAAGUCAUGAAGAAGACUACAGGAUAUCUAAUACUACUUGGUGUUCCUGUACACACUGUGUUGUGAUGCAGACUCAAAGAGAAUGCCUUUGUUGUAGAGCGGUCCAGAAGGUUCUAGACAAGAUACAUGAGGCUGAUGACCAUCAAGUCAAGUGUAUCACUGAGCAUCCUGGCUUUGCUCCUGUGUGCCUCAAUAUAUGGGUACUUCAGGCAGCAUACUCACAAUAUAGGCAGCAAUAUGGCAAUUUUAAUGCUCCAGUACAUGAGAGACAUAGAUAUACUACCUAUCGUUAGCUUGUAAAAUGGUGCUGGGGGUGGCUAGGGAGAGAAAUACGCAUUGUUCUACCAUCCUGUGCUGUAAAUGUUAUUUGAGAAACAUUUCCAUCUAGUUCAUACACUGGUUUUAAAGAUAAUUAAAAAAUACACUGUACUUGAUGUGGGAUAUUCUAUGUUAUCAACCUACUCCUAUGUUCAUGUAUAGCUUGUGAUUUGUCAGGUUGCUCAUGGGUUUUACUAAGUGAUAA